AUGAAUGUUAUGUCACCGUUAUGGAAUUUUGGUCGAUAUAAAGCUGAUAAUAUUCAAUUAUAUUCAAUUAUUGAAUAUCCUAAUCUUACUAAACUUAACAUCAAGUUUGUGGAUAAUUAUUAUAUUGAGCAAUUUUUACUUGAUACAAAGACACAUGCACCUUAUCUGACUGAAAUAGAAGUAUUUUAUGAUCAAUUGCGAACUGUAACAGAGAAUUUUACAAGAGAUGCAACACGACAUAAUUGUGCUAAUAUUAAACGACUAAUCUUUGAAAAGAUAAUAGCAUAUCCUCAAGAAUUGUCUCUUUAUUUUCCCUCUGUGUAG